AUGGACGCGGUGGCGUCGGCGCGGGCGCGGGCGCGGGACGCGACGGCGGCGUCGGCGCGGCGAGCGGGGCGGUUGGAGCGUCGCGCGAAGGCGCUCGCGUCGCGGGUUCGGGCGCUGGAUCGAGGGGCGAGCGUGGAGGAUGUGCGCGUCGCGACGCGGAGAGCCGAGGCGGAGCGCGCCGAGGCGGGGGCGGACGCGGCGCGGGCUUCGGACGCGGUUCGGGCGCUGACGCGCGAACGAGACGCGGUGAGAGAGGCGUUGAAGCGCGCAGAGGUGAUGGAGGCGGAGCGACUCGCGCCCGUGGAGGUAUCGAUGCGGGAUGAGUGCGAGAUGUUGGCGGAGGAGAUCGAGGAUGGCGGGCGCAGAGCCGAGGCGCUCUCGGCGACGAGAGACGAGCGCACGAGGCGAGUGGGUGAGAUCGAGCGCGCGUGCGAGACAGCGAGAGAGUCGAUAAUGCGUGAGCGCGAUCUCAAUCUCGAGCGUCGAAGCGAGCGCGAACGCGCUCGAGGGGAAAAGGACGCGCUGAGCGACGCGCUGCUGCGAGCAGAAGACGCCGCGAGCACGAUUGAGACGCGGUUCGAGACGACGCGUCGCGCGGAGAAGGACGCGGAAGAGUCGGCGAGAGUUCUUGAGUGCGAGAUCAAUGAGGUUUUGGCGCGAAACGCCGUCCUGGACGAACGUGUGGCGGCAUCGAGCAGAGGUUUGAGCGAUCUGGAAUCGCUCGCCGAGCGCGAGUCGCUCGCGCGAGACGCCAUCGCCGCCGAGGGCGUUCGACUCGAGAUCGAUCGACGGGCGCUCGAGAAGUCGCUCACGAGAGCAAAUCAGAUCUUACUUCGCGAAUCUCGAUCGAACGCACAAGUGGUCCAUCGAUUGAGAGAGACGAACGCGCUCGAGGCGUGCGCGCGUCAAACCAUCGAGGACGUCCGCGAGUCAAAGUUGUCGCUCGAGCGCGAGCUCGCGACGGCGACUAACGACACCGAGCGCGUCGUCCGCGAACAGAACGCGCUCAAGGUGGAAGUACAUGAGAAACGCGAAGAGUGCAAGACAGAGAUUACGAGGACGGACGCGCUCUCGCACACAGUGAGCGUCACCCUUCGCGGCGAAGUCGCGGAUCUGGAGGAUGAGAUCGAGUGUCUCCGGCGGGAGGCGGCGGCGAGAGAUGGCGUGCGUAAACACGUCGCCGAUCGCGUCGCGCGCGCAAAUAAGCGUCAUCAAGGAGUCAGACAAAAUAUCUCACGUCUCGAGUCGCUCUUACGGGUGAGAGAGAACGAGAUCGGGGACGCGCAGUCGAGCAUCGAAGACGCGCGAGAGCGGCAAUGUCGCUUUGAGCAAUUACAAGAACUGAUGAGAACACAACGAGACGCCUUCGCGAGCGUCGUGAAGAAGUCAAACGCUGUCGCGCGCGCCACGCGCGAAAGAACUGCAGUGCUAGAGGUGAAACGUAGCGAUCUUGAAAGGGAAACACGCGCGAGAGGUGAGGAUCUAUCUCGCGCGCGAGCGGAGACUGAUGCGAAAAAGCGCGAGCGCGAUCUUUACCAAGGUCAGUGCGAUGCCGUGACACACGUCAUAUCUCGCGCCAGGGCCGAGUGCGAGGUGAGCGAGACGGAGAUAAGAAAGUUACAGGACGAGUUACGAGGGGGAAAGGUCGAUUUGGAGCUGAUCAUCGAGCAGUCCAGGGCUCUGGUGAAGUCGCGUCAAAUCGUUGCCAUGGAGCUUCUCGAUCGGAACGCAGAGCUCUGUCAGCUGUGCGAUCGCGUUGCCACGUCUGAGGACGUCACUCGCCAGUGCGAAGAAGAACUCGCAUUGCGCGUGCAUGAGUGUGAGUUACUUCGGCGAAACGUGCACGACGUCGAUCGCUCCGUUGCCGUGGCGCGCCGUCGCGUCGCAACCAUUCCUGGGCGAAGAGAGGAAAUCUCAUUCAAGCGAGCGACGCUGUAUGAGAUGCAAAUCUCCGCGGAACAUCUCAGCGCGAGAUUAGAGGACCCGAACGAACACGCACGAUGGCGUCUAAUUCAUGGUCCCAAGGGUGCGGAAGGUGAUGCGAUCGACGUCGACGACGUGAACGAUAAGCUCUCCGCGCUCGGCGCGCGCAUCGAGGUCGCCGAGCGCGAGCUCGACGGGCGAAAUCUUCGAUGUAGAGACAUCGACCGCGAGGUCGACCGGGUGCGACGUAUCGUCACUGAAAACGCCGAUGACGCGCUCAACACCGCGUCUUCACUCAACCGAGCCAAGUUCAAGCUCUCUGCGCUCGAACGCUCCGUCCUGGCGCUCAGCUCCGAGCUCGCGAUGUACCGCGCGCUCACUACCGCGCUCGCCAACGCGAAAUCGCGAAACAUCGCCGAGGUGGACGCUCUCAGAUUAUCCCUCGAAGAAGCGGUCGAUCGAACCCGCGCCGAGAUAUCGCUAACUAGCUAA